AAUUCGUGUGUAUCUCAAAUCAGAUCCGGAAAUCCUUGGGGAGAUGAGCACCGUUUCACGAUGGGACAGGAACGGAAGAGGAAUUUUGCUUCGUCUCUCGGCUGCCCUUCCCUCCCUCUCUUUCUUCAUUCCUUCCCUCGCUGCCUUCUCAAUCGGAUAGAGGAUGGUGAAUUUCAUGCUGGAGAUCAAAGGGGAUCUCGAAAACCUGACUAAUCUUCAACCAGAGGGGGGAUGCAAUGAUGCCAAUUUUCCCUACUAUUUCAAGCUGAAAUGUGGGAACUGUGGGGAGUUGAGCCAGAAGGAGACGUGCGUGACGCUAUCUGAAGUAGUCCAACUGUCCAAAGGAAAAGGCACCGCCAAUCUCUCCCAGAGGUGUAAGUUCUGUGGACGGGACGGCAGUGUGUUGAUGAUCCCAGGAAGAGGCCGCGCAGUGACUGAUGAAGACAGUGAAUCAGGAAAAUUUGUUCCAAUUAUGAUGUUUGACUGCAGAGGUUUUGAACCAACAGGUUUUUCAUUCAGAGAUGGCUGGACGGCUGAAUCUCUUGCUGGUACCAAGUUUGAGAGCAUUGAUUUGUCAGAUGGUGACUUCGUCGAGUAUGACGAGAAGGGGCAAUGCCCCGUUGGGGUUUCCAAUCUCCAGGAGAGGUUUGUUGUGGUCAGGUAGCUUGGAGCAAUAACUCCUAGAAGAACAAAAGCGAUGGAAUGUUGACCUAAAUGCUCUAUAAUGGUGCAAACAUCUUGAUAGAACUAAUUAUGCUGCGUCUCUUUCUCUCUCUC